AUGGCUUCGAAAUCGCCAGUACCCCUCCGCCUGACAAGGCUUCCUACUGAGAUUCUUCUGGACAUCUACCAACAGUUGGACCUGGACGGUGUUUUCAACUUGUGCGCUACUCACAGCACAUUUCAUGAGCUCUUCAGCAAGAUGAAGACUUCUAUCUUACUUCCAGUUCUCGUCCGAGAAUUUAGUCCGUUUGAUGAACUUCUGCAGGUCUAUACAGCCUCAGUCGAAGACCUUGACUGCCGCAGUGGCCUUUAUGCUCCGCGCAGAGUUGUAUUCAAGCGGUUCCUUGGUGAUACAGGAACAGUGUUGGCUCCAUGUUUAGAUCAUGGACCUGCUAUGUCAGCGGAUGUCGUUGAUAGGUUCAUCACUCUUAGCAAGCCUGGCAAGCCCACCGUGCCCCAUGCCAAUCCUCUCAAGACCGUUGUUUUGACUGAACAUGACUUGAAGCCCAUCCUAGGCUACUGUUCGCUUGUACAACGAUGGCAAGACAGAUUCCCGCAGAUGAGAUGGUUUCACGAGCCUGAAAAUUGCCGAUAUCUCCGCGAGCACGAAGCUAAGAGGUUUCGCAGAGCUUUGUACAGAUGGUGGCUUUAUGGUUUAUACUUUCACGAAGACUUCCCUCGACCCCGCGUGGGUCUUCCGGAGCCUGGCGUGGACGAUGUCAGGUUGAGUCAACUCCGACUUUACUCCACAAGCGAGUUGGUAGAGCUCAUGGACUUGGUCGAAACUAUGAAGGAUGUCGUCCUACAUUAUCUCUGUCCCCGGCUUGACCCUAGCCAAGGCGAAGAUGAGGGUUGCGAUUCGUAUUUGCAUGAUGUCGUGGACCGACCCGAAUCUCUUGCAAGGGGUUGGCAGGAUCAGAGUCGAUGGGGUCGCAUCAUCAAAACAUAUUGCAAGUUCGGUCCUAAAGAGCUUAUGCAUUUGUUUGAAAACAUUUACAGCUAUUCUCGACAACGCCUCAUAACGGAAGCUCGCUCUCUCCAGCCGAACCUCACCUUUGACCAAGAAUCCAUCUCAGUGUCUACUCAAUGUGUCCUCGAUGAGCGGCAGUGGUCGCUGAACAUGCCUACCCUACCUCUAGAUGGACUAGGGGGAGUGAUAGACUGGGACGACGAGCGGGAUGCAGAACGUGCCAAGUUUGGAGGAGAUGCUAGCUUGGAUGGGACAUUACCAGGAGGAGCACGAAUGCUGCGAUCUUCGUCUCACUACUCGCCUCGGGGAGAUGAUGGAUCUCAUUUGGAGGAUGUGAAUAGACAGUCUUGGGUCGAGGGGAGGUACAUGAUAUCGUUCGCAUGA